CCGCUCCUGCCGUAGAGCGCCGAGGCGAGAGCCAGCGAGGAAGACGCCGGAGAUCUCCACGCGGGACAGCCUCCCCACGUCCGAACCCCGCUCGGGCGCCUCUCCCGCUGCUUAAACUUAGCUUUUCUGGAACAUCAUCUAUCCAGCCGCCCCCACUUUCCUUCCCCUCAACGACCCUGGAUCUCCUCGGGGCGAGAAGAGCCCUGUCCGCCUUCAGAUCCGGGUAGCCCACAAAGAGAUCCAGGCUCGCAAAGAUGCUGAAGCCCGGCGAUCCCGGUGGAUCGGCUUUCCUCAAGGUGGAUCCCGCGUACCUCCAGCACUGGCAGCAGCUGUUCCCGCACAGCAGCCAGCAGCUCAAAGGCGGCGCCGGGCUGCUAGGUCACCUCCAGGCGCCCGAAAGAGCCGUCGAGCCCCAGGCUGACAGCCUCCGCCCGCUGCCGGCCUCCCUCUCGUCGGCGGCGUCCUCGUCCUCUUCCUUGUCCUCUUCGUCGUCGUCUUCCUCCUCCUCCUCCUCCACGCCGUCGUCCGCCCCGUCUUCGUGCGCCGUCGCCUCCCUGGCCAGCUUGACUGCGCUGCCGGUGGCGCAGAUCCCCGUCUUUGGACCGAUCCAGAGCUCCGAGUCCCCGACGGGAGCCCCGGUCGCCCUUCUGCAGACCAAGGACCUGAGCGGAGGCAGCGGGGUGGCCAAGGGCGGCGAGAGGGCGCCCGCCAGGUUUCGCUGCACCGCCGAGGAGUUGGACUAUUACCUGUAUGGGCAGCAGCGCAUGGAGAUCAUUCCGCUCAACCAGCACACCGGGGACCCCAACAACCGAUGUGACAUGUGUGCAGAUAAUCGUAAUGGAGAGUGCCCCAUGCAUGGCCCUUUGCACUCUUUACGCCGUCUGGUGGGUACUAGUAGUGCCGCUGCUGCUGCCCCUCCACCUGAGAUUCCUGAGUGGCUUCGGGAUCUGCCCCGGGAAGUGUGUCUGUGCACCAGCACUGUGCCUGGUUUGGCCUAUGGCAUCUGUGCUGCUCAAAGGAUUCAGCAGGGCACCUGGAUCGGGCCUUUCCAGGGAGUUCUCCUUCUGCCAGAAAAGGUGCAAGCAGGAGCAACCAGGAAUACCCAACACCUCUGGGAAAUAUAUGACCAAGAUGGGACACUACAGCACUUUAUUGAUGGUGGGGAACCCAGUAAGUCAAGCUGGAUGAGGUAUAUUCGAUGCGCAAGGCACUGUGGGGAGCAGAACUUAACCGUAGUCCAGUACAGGUCAAAUAUAUUCUACAGAGCUUGCAUGGAUAUUCCCAGGGGCACAGAGUUGUUGGUGUGGUAUAAUGACAGCUACACAUCUUUCUUUGGAAUCCCGUUACAGUGCAUUGCACAAGAUGAGAACUUGAAUGUCCCUUCAACUGUAAUGGAAGCCAUGUCAAGACAAGAUACCGUGCAGGCAUUUAACAAAAGUAGCAAACUACCCUCUGCCACUCCACAGCGGUCCAUUGUAUUUCCACAGACUCCGUGUAACAGGAAUUUCUCUCUUCUGGAUAAAUCAGGCUCUAUUGAAUCAGGAUUUAACCAGAUCAGUGUAAAAAACCAGCGAGUCCUUGCGAGCCCUACAUCAACAAGCCAACUAAAUUCAGAGUUCAGUGACUGGCAUCUUUGGAAAUGUGGGCAAUGCUUUAAGACUUUCACCCAAAGGAUCCUCUUACAGAUGCAUGUGUGCACACAGAACCCUGACAGAAAUACCCAACAAUCCCAUUUGGGGGGCUCCAGAAAGGGGCCCUAUCAGUGUGGACACUGCUCCCAAUCCUUCUCCCAACCUUCAGAGCUACGGAACCACGUAGUCACCCAUUCCAGUGACAGACCUUUCAAGUGUGGCUAUUGCGGUCGUGCCUUUGCUGGUGCUACUACACUCAACAAUCAUAUCCGGACACAUACAGGGGAGAAGCCCUUUAAGUGCGAGAGGUGUGAGAGGAGCUUCACACAAGCCACCCAGCUGAGUCGACACCAGAGGAUGCCCAAUGAGUGCAAGCCAAUAACAGAGAGCACAGAAUCAAUUGAAGUGGAUUAACUGAUUGACUGGUUGGAAUUAAACUGCAAGGAAAGUCAUGAUUAAAUGUCACGGACACUUAAGCAAAACCAAAGAUUUCCUCUGAGCAACUUUCAAUCAGUCCCAGAAAACCAAGAGCAGUAAUAAAAUAAGUAAGAUGUUAAGAGAUAUUGAUCCUGGCGUGGAAGUGAAACCAGGAAAGAGAUUAUUUAUUUAUGACUAGGAAUGAGACUGAUUUCCAUGGACAAGGAACCCGGGCCUGCUAGCAUCCUAGCCUCCCACGCCACCAUGUAUUGCUUUAUUUCUAAAAGCUUUUAUAAUUGUUAUUUAAUACCAAAGCCACAAAGAUCAAGGGUUCUUCAGCCCAUAGCUAUGGCUAUGAAUGCACAUGGACUUGUUUAUGAUUGCACCUUUUCCUCUAGCAUGACUCAGUGGACCCAGAGAUAAUAUUGUUUCCUUGGUCCCGUUGGGUUGCAUUGCUCUUGACUUGGCUGUUAUUUUUAUUUUUAAAAAAGUGGUCUCCGAAUGACAAGAGAAUGAAGAAGAUCCAGAACCAUCUUUGUGUUGGUGUCAGAAGUCCUCUGACUAAUGGACAUUUUCAUUCCCAUGAUUUCAGAACUCACAUUUCGUGCACUUUUUUUGUAUAAAUGUUUUCAUUAGCCAGUGUUGCAUUGGCCCAGGAGAUCCCAGAAAUGUUAAAUAAACUUUGUCCUAUAUACAUAUAUGUAUAGAUAUAUCUGUAGAUGUAUAUGCUGUUAAAACAAAACAAAACCCUCCAAUGCUGUAAGGAAAGCAUUUGAAAUAUGUAGAAUUUUCAACUACUAUACCUCUUUUAUGAACGGCAUAUUAUUCAUAGGUAAUGAAUAAUAGUUUCAGUGAAACAUUAACACUUAUCUAAAGGUAUCAUGCUUGAAAACAUAAAUGUUAAAAUGGGAUAGCAAGAGACGGAGUCUUCAGUUUGAUGGUAAAAGUUAGAAACCUUUAAAAAGAAAAUGAAAAAUCAACAGAAAUCAUCCAGGUUUAAAAUGUGUCCAGGCAUUCACACAACAUAGAAGAAACUUCACAUAAUAGGGGUACGUCACAUGAGUAACUGUUCCUAUUUCAUAAUGUGCAAUAUCCUUUAAGAAAGGCAAACUAGAUAGCUGUAAUGUGCUAUAUAGCAAUAAUAUAGUUCCUGAUUUUCUAAAAUGAACUCAGUAAUUUGAUCCCCCCCCAAUUAUCUCUUAACCAACACACUGGGCCUGGGAGCCAAAGCACUGUACUGAUCAAAGACUCACCAGAUCUAAUGUAUACACAGCGCUUUCAAGUAAUUUCCCAGUUUUCUGCAAUGCAGAGCACAACUCUGAGCCCCUUGGGAGUGUUGCAGCAGUGAUGUGCAGCCAAUUCUAUGCAUAUUUACUCAAAAUAAAGUUUUGUGCUCAGUGGGACUUGCUUCUGGGUAUGCAUGCAUAGGAUUGCAACUUUUAGGUAUACCAAUUUUCAGUUGACCAUGAAACAGGGAGUGUGGCGACACCACUUAAAUAUAAUUUAAAACGCACACUCUGAAAUUAAAAUUGGAGGUAGUAUUUUAAGCACCAGUUCCUCCUAUUUUUCUUCCUUGUCCUGUGUUUCUGUAUCUUUAGGACUCGUACGAUAUUAAAGCUUUGAUCUGCAAUGCUGACUUAUAAAAAACAACAACUUGUAACAACCACCUGGUGUCCUUAUGGGCUACUUCUUAAUUUUUUUACCUUUACCUUCUUAAUGAACCUUAAAGUGACAUUGGGCAGGACUCUGAGUCCCGUCAGUGGAAGCGCUGUGCAAGGAUUACUCUUGUGCAACGGGGCUUCUUCCCUCUCUCCUACCCCCUCCCAUGCCCCCCAACAUUGAGAUAGAGUAAUUCUAAUAUCUAAUCAAAAUAAAAUUGGUCAAAAACCAAGCACUUGAGACGGAAUUCAAUGUAGCGCUAAGGAGGUUGCUCUGCUUGUCUGCUGGAACAAUCUCUGUUCUGGUGGUUCUUCUGAUCCCCCCCCCAGCCAAUUGGAGGGCAUGUAUGGGGACAGGAGCGGAGAGAAUCCCCACUUUGUUAUUGGAUGUUCUUCCAUGGGCUUCCAAUUAGUUGAAUGCAACCCUUUGAGCUUUUUAACGGCUUUGUAGAGGGUGACCUUGGUGCUUCAGCAAAAGCCCCCCAUCCACUUCAGCUGCAUCACCUUCACUUGAGGAUAAGACAACUUGAUAGUUUGUUGUAAAGCCUCUCAGUGGCUAUUCGGUACAAACCAAUUAUGACGACGUCAUUGGGACUGUAUUGCGUUAAAUCCUAACUCGCUGGCAUAAGUAGUCUGUCCAUUGGGUAGUUUGUGCCAUUUUUGCCUUUGAAAAACCUACCUCAUUGCUUCUCUAUUGGAAACUGAUUGUAGCAUUCAUAGAACCAUUCAAGCUGAUGUACUUUUUGACUAGGCACCUAUGGGCCAUUAAAUGCGUGGGAUGACACAGUCAAAACCCUUUUAUUUCUUCAUCAUUUCUGCCUAUAUGAAAUGCACUUGAAGCGUGUACAGAAACAUAAAUAUUCCAAUAACAAGAAUAAUUUAGGGCAGGGGCCAUAACUGAGUGGUAGAACAUUUGCUUUGCAUUCAGAAGGUUCUAGGUUCAAUCCCUGACAUCUCCAGGUAGGUCGAACUGAGAAGGUCCAUCUGAAACCCUGGAGAGCUACCCCAAGACCAUGUCGACAGUGCUGAGCUAGAUGAACCAAUAUGCUGACUCAGUAUCCAUGCAUCAUUCUUAUGUUCCUAUGUUAUAAAAUGCCACCGCUAAAACAAUAAUGCAGUAACAAAAUGUAAGCUUGAAACAGCAAAAGCAGUUUUAUGGUUUGGCUUUGCCUGCAGCGAAAGGAGGACACAGUCUGAUGGCUCUGAUCUGACUCUCCUCUUGUGGUCUUGUCACUGCGGGCCCAAGGAACCUUGCUCAGUCCUACACAUUUUGAGAAUGCGAGGGAAACUGCCCAAUGCCUGGUUUUGCUAUAUUGAGGCCAGCCUCUUACACUUCUGUACUUCUGAACAGUGAUGACAAGGAAGCCUCACAGUGUUAACAGGCUGUUUCCCAGGUAAGUGUCUUGCAUCCAAAGUGGGCCUAAGAAAGGUCUCAAGAGAGCGCUUGCAUGAAGCAUUCCACAAACAGGUAAACUUCUCUGGGUUUGGGAUCACUUUUCUCCAACAGCGGUCUUCUGCUAGUUUAAAGACAACUUUGGAUCCAAGCCCAGGUAAUGCAAGUUAAAUGCACACAUGGAAGGAAGCAAACCGAAAUGCUUUUGGUGCAUUUCCCCCUAAACAGUUGUUUAAAGUUAAAUCCUGUUGAUUUCAACCAAACUGGUAUUGGAAAGAAAGGAAGGAAGCCACAUUCCUUUAUGGAAGUUGUUUGCUGUAUGAAUGACAGCAGCGUAAAUCAAACUCACUUAUUAACAAUGCUGCUUGAAUUGUUCCAAGUUACCUAAAAUUAGGCAGACUUUGCUUGCAGAUUUUAGGGAAACUUCCUGUAAAUGAAUGAAUGAAUGAAAUGUUGCAGCACCGGAGACACAAGACAAAGAAUUCAAAAUAACUGGCAUUUAAGAAAUGUGAGUGAUUAAUUAAAGGGAUAAAAUCAACUGAUAUCCUAGUGGUUCUGCUUUGCUGAUAAUGCCUCAAAAAGUAGCCUGCUAGUUCACAUCUGGUGGAGUAAAAUUCAGUUGACUAGUCAUCUUCUGUAUGUGGAAUGGGGAGAGGUGCCAUCUUGUCCACUUCAAGCAGUGUAACAGAAGGUAAGGAAGCUAUAAUUUCCUCCAAAUC